GUCCCGCACCUUCAUAUAUCUCGUUCGGUGUAGAAAUGCAAACACGCAAACAUAAGCUUUCCCACAAUCCAUGUGGGAAAACGCCCUGUACACCGCAAAAUGGCAUAUCUGUUUGCAUGUACACCGCGCUUUUCUCUACAUUUUAAGCAACCUUCUUCAAUAGUUAUCUCUAACAUCUCCAAGAAUUCUCGUUUCGGUACCAAUAUUCACAAACCAGAAAAGAGCCAUUCCAAAAACCCAUUCGGAGAUGCUACCAGGGAUUUGAAGCUUUCUAUGAAGCCCAAGUUGUUACUUACAUCACUGAAGAAGACGACCAUGUCUCUUGGAACAUGCUCUGCCAUAUUCUUUACACUUGCAUAUACCAGAGACUGCUAUGCAGCAGGGAUUGAGUCCCAAUUGGAAGGCAUAAAAUCUUUGAUUGCACAGGAGCCUAAUAAUGCAUUGUCUCUGCCCACAUGGGCCAUUCAUGUCUCGAGUGUUGUGGAAUGGAUGACGGCCAUGGCUUUGGUUUGGCAGUAUGGUGAUAAGCCAGGAUACAAAGCUUGGAAAGGGCUCUCUUGGGGCAUGGUACCUCUACUUGGAGGAGCUUUUUGUGCAUGCACAUGGCAUUUCUUCUACAAUGCUGAGUCACUUGAGAUACUCGUGGCCUUGCAAGGUGCAUUGACUGUGAUUGGUAAUUUCACGAUGCUGCUGGCUGCGUAUCGUAUCUAUAAAUCAACUAAAGGUGGCUCCAAGACAUUAUGAAUUAAUAUUUCUGUAUCUUGAAAGCAUUUACAUUUUUAUCUUUUGCUUGUCCCUUUCUAUUCCUGUACCUCUAAGAAAAAGUUACGAGAUUUUCAAGCCCAUUUAUGAUGUUCCCUUGAUGAAAACAUAGUUUAGUAACAGUAACACUCUUUUUAUUAGAUGCUUCUUGUGAGUAUUGUGAGGUUGUGGUUCAUUGUUCUAACUUAUUUCUCAUCUCUGAAUUGAUCAAUUUUUGUCUUUCA